CCCCCAUACGGCUUUGGAGGCCUGUGUGUGGAGAAAAGCCUCCAGGGAGAGCGGUGCUACCCUACAACCUUCGCCCCCUGCCCUCGAAUCUUUCCCACAACCCAAAAUGGCGGCCGGCGUGGAUUUUGGCGACCUAGAACUAUUCGAGGCGUUUGACCCUCAAGAAGAGUCGACCCCGAAGCCCGUUCACACCCGCUUCAAGGACGACGAGGAGGAAGAGGACGACGACGACGACGAGAAUGGGGUGGGCGACGCGGAGCUGCAGGAGCAGCUUCGGCGCUGUGAGGAAACCAUCGAGCAGCUCCGCGCCGAGAAUCAAGAACUUAAAAGAAAAUUGAACAUUCUGACAAGACCCAGUGGCAUACUGGUGAGCAAUACUAAGAUGGACGGACCGCUAUUACAGAUUCUGUUUAUGAACAAUGCUAUUUCAAAGCAGUACCACCAAGAAAUAGAGGAGUUUGUAUCAAACUUAGUAAAACGAUUUGAGGAACAGCAAAAACAUGAUGUGGAAAAGACUUCCUUCAGCCUUUUACCCCAGCCAUCCAGUGUUAUGUUGGAAGAGGACCAUAAAGUGGAAGAAUCACGUGCCGUUAAAAACAACAAGGAAGCUUUUAGUGUUGUAGGAAGUGUCCUGUAUUUUACUAAUUUUUGCCUUGAUAAAUUGGGGCAACCGCUACUAAAUGAAAACCCUCAGCUUACGGAAGGAUGGGAAAUACCCAAGUACCAGCAAGUCUUCAGCCACAUUGUUUCUCUAGAAGGGCAAGAAAUGCAAGUAAAGGCAAAAAGGCCAAAGCCUCACUGUUUCAACUGUGGUUCUGAAGAGCAUCAGAUGAAGGAGUGCCCAAUGCCUCGGAAUGCUGCUCGAAUAAGUGAGAAGAGGAAGGAGUAUCUGGAAGCCUGUGGUGAGGCCAGCAGUCAGAGUUUUCAGCAGCGGUAUCAUGCAGAAGAAGUAGAAGAGAGGUUUGGAAGAUUCAAGCCAGGAGUUAUUAGUGAGGAACUUCAAGAUGCACUGGGUGUGACGGACAAGAGUCUUCCGCCCUUCAUCUACCGCAUGCGCCAGCUGGGCUACCCACCAGGCUGGCUCAAGGAAGCUGAACUGGAGAAUUCCGGACUUGCGCUCUAUGAUGGAAAUGAUGACGGUGAUGGGGAAACAGAAACUGGAGAAAUACAGAAUAAAAAUGUCACUUACGAUCUCUCAAAAUUGGUAAACUAUCCAGGUUUUAAUAUAUCUACUCCCAGAGGUAUUCCAGAUGAAUGGAGAAUGUUCGGUUCUAUACCAAUGCAGGCGUGUCAGCAGAAGGAUGUGUUUGCCAGUUACCUGAAUUCUAGCAUCCAGUCGCCGAGCAUGAGGUCUAGCAGCAAGCGGUCUUCCUCUCAGUCCAGCCCCAACAGUCCAAAGAAGCAGCGGAAGGAAGGCAGCUCAGCAGCCUCCCCUGCUGACAUGGAGCUAGACUCAGAUGUAGAGAUUCCACCUGGUUCUCAGAGCAGCAAAGCAUUUCAGUUUCAACCACCGCUCCCUCCUGGCACGCCUCCUCCGCUGCCCCAGGGGACACCUCCACCUCUCUUCACUCCUCCACUCCCCAAGGGAACCCCACCGCUGACUCCCAGUGACUCUCCCCAGACCCGACCCACAGCCUCAGCUGUGGAUGAGGACGCCCUGACCCUGGAGGAGCUUGAAGAGCAGCAGAGGCAGAUCUGGGCUGCUCUCCAGCAGGCUGAGGGAGGUAACAGUGACUCCGACGUUCCUGUGGACACACCUUUAACUGGGAAUUCAGUGGCCUCCUCCCCUUGUCCAAACGAGUUUGACCUCCCUGUCCCAGAAGGAAAGGCAGUGCUGGCUGAGCCCCAGGGGCCAGCUGCUUCUGUAGACACUGCUGGACCUGAGCCAUCCUGCAGCCCAGCAGGGGCAGCAGAGCUCUCUCAGAAAGAAGAGGAAGUGGCUACAGAGGGGGACCCUGGAGAGGAUCUUCUUGACAAUGGCAGUGUGUUGAACAUAAGCAACGGAGGUAACCAGCAGCUCCUUCAUCUGGACACCCGGCCUCCAACAGCCUCAAAACAUAGCCCUGUACCUGAUAUGAGCAAGUUUGCCACUGGAAUAACACCCUUUGAAUUUGAGAACAUGGCUGAAUCCACUGGAAUGUACCUCAGGAUAAGAAACCUGUUAAGGAAUUCACCCCGAAAUCAGCAGAAAAACAAAAAGACUUCUGAGUGAGACCGGGUGACCCUUUGUCCUUCCCACCUUUCAGAAUCUGCCCGCAGUGUAAUUGUGAACUCAAGCCUGUUUUCCAUAAUGAAAGACUGGGCCUGUGAGUUUGCUCUUUUGUUCUCACGGCACUGCCCAGGGUUUGUGUGCGUGAGCUGGUUCUGUUCUGAGAUGCUUGGUCCGGGUUAUACUGUUUUUGGAUCGUGAGUGUCUGUCAAGAGUGAAGGUUUUUGGUUUUUUUUUUUUUAAUGUCUUUUGUACAUUGUUUCCCCCUUUCUACAUUUUGCUGUUAUCCUGUAUAUAAGCUUAAUAUAUCACUUUUUAAAAGAAAAUUCUAACAAUUUUAAAUUCACAUUUCAAUUACAACAACCAAAUGAGAACAAUCAGGGGUGAGCAGCUUUGUCCUGCUUGGGGUAUUUUUGUAAGAUUUUCAUGCAUGAAUUUUAAUAACACUUUUACUUUUUUGUAAUUUAAUUAUUCAAAUAUGCUUCCAAUAAAGGUGUGAUCACCUUUGUGUA